AUGGUGGCACCAACCUCCAAAAAGAAACAAUCCAAAUCCAAAUCCAAGUCCAAACCGGCUCGACUCAUCCAAGGAGUUCUGAUAGUAUUGUUAGGAUUGGUAAUGCUUAUAGUCCUUGGUGGUUCCAAAGAUGAGAUUGAAAAUGCCACCACCACCACCACCACUACGAAUGGUGCUGGAUCCAACACGUUGAUUAGCAUGGGCCAUUGGGAUUGGCAUCCCAUGGUCCGUACACAAUCGGGACCCGGUUGGCAACUGUGGAAUGCCACUGCCCCUAUGAUUCUUGUAGAUGACCAUACGAAAUGGGCCAAAUGUCGUUGGACUACGUUCAAGGCGACCAAUGGUCAGACGGCCCAAAUGUGCGUCCAUUACGGAGAUGCCGUGUCUCGGGCCAUUAUCAAUCGAGGGCGGUGGGCGGAUUGCGAUAUAUUGACUCAACAGUUUGAAGAAACACAUCCAAACAAGCAGCACAAAAUAUACAUGGACGUCGGUGCCAACAUUGGAGCCUGUGUCUUGCAAAUGCUCUUUACGACCGAGUCUCCUGUCAUUGCCUUUGAACCGGAACCCAUGAAUUUGUUCUGUCUUACCAAUACCAUCAUGAGGUUGGAACCGAGGUAUCGAGAUCGAUUCUUGUUGUUUCCCUUUGCGGUCUCGGAUGCUCCAGGGACGACUCAAAUUCAAGCCCAAGUGGGAGACAUGGGGAAUGCCUUUUUGGGCGAUGUCAAGGCGGGAGACAAGGACAAGCGGAAAGAUAACAAUGAGGAGGAGGAAGAAGAAGAAGAGGAAAAGUUCAAACGAUCCGUCCAAGUGCCAGUCGAAGCGUUGGACAAUGUGAUCAUUGCAACAGCUGGGGAAGACAUUGCACUGAUGAAAUUACACGCCCAAGGACACGAAUGUCAAGUCUUGAAUGGGAUGCCCAACUUGGUGACCCACAUCCAUGCGAUUCAUACCGAAAUAUACAAGACGUCCUUGGAAUUGCAAGGAUGUUCUUCUGAUGCUUACAUGAAACAAUUGGAACAAGCGGGAUUUGAAAUUCAACACAAACAAAAAUUCUUGUUGGACGAAGAACAACAAGGAAAAUCAGAAGUCUUGGCACUCAACAAGAACAUGAAGUGA